AGGUGGUAAAUGCUCAGAGACAUGGAGGAACAUAAGAAGGCUCCACAUGAGUGUGUAGUGGGUGGCCUGAUGCGGUAUGAAUAAAAUGGGUAUAUCUAAGUUGUGUGCACCUGCCUGUUACAUCCAGCUCCAGAAGGGUCUUUGGCUCUCACCCAACACCCUCCUCUUCAGGAUGAGUUAUAGAAUCUGUGAAGCCCAGUACAAAUGGAAAUGCAGGGCCCCUUGUUCAAAAAACAAGAACUUCAGGACAGCAAUAGCAGAGCAUUAAAUCAAAUGUAGUGUGGAGCCCUUCUGAGCAUGGAGUCCUGGGUGACUGCACAGGCCACAUGCCCUUCAAGGUGAUUCUACCCACCCUACCCUGUGGAUUCUUGUCACCCGUGCCUUUGCACAAACCAGUUCUUCUACCUAACAUGCUCUUCUCACAGCCAGCUCCUUCUCAUGCUUCAGGUUGCAAAUGCACCUCCUCAGGGAAGCCUUCCUGAGGUUUUUCCAGCUCAAAGAACAACACUUCUGUUCAGCCUCUCCAUCCCAGUCCUCCUCGCCAGGUAGGGGUUGCCCUGCACUGUGAGUUUCAGGAGGGCAGGAAUCAUGUUUGUUUCAUUCCCUGUAGCUUCUGUGGCACCUAGCACGCAGUGGGCACUCAGGAAACCUUUUUUUGAAUAAAAGAAGGCUCCUAUUAUAAACCUUCUGAAACUGAUAUUAUCAUUGUGUUGUACAAAUAUGGAAAGUGAAGAUCAGAGAGGAAGUGACUUGCCUGAGGCCACACAGCAAGAAAAGGACCAGCUGGGACUGGAACCCACUCAUGGGCCAGGAUUCUACUGACUCUCAUGUUGACUCACUUAUUUCUCGGAACAAUAAUUGCCUGCCUCUUUUUCAUGAUAACAUUUAUGAGGAAAGUGCAUCAAUGAGUUUUCACAACCUAACACAUCCGUGUAACCAACAUCCUGCUUAAGAAAUAGACAUAUUAAAUGUAUGUUAUGUGGCUUUCGCCUCAAAUUUUUUUUUAAUCCUCACCUGAGAACAUGCUUGUUGAAUCUUUAGACACAGAGAGAGCGAGAGAACAUUGACAUGAGACUUCUAUCGGUCACCUCCUGACCAACCCCAGCUGGGAUGGAAUCUGUACCCUUUUGGUGUAUGGGAUGACGCUCAACUGACUGAGCCACCCGGCCAGGGCUUUCACCUCAAUUUUAAAAGCAGAGAUAAAAAUCAUGAUCAGCUCCCAGAAUCCUCCCUCAUGCCCCUCCCCAGGACCCCCUCCAAAGGACACUGACUGCCAUACUUGUUGCAUAUUGUCUUGUCUACUUUGGAACCUAAUAUACAUGGAACAAUACAGUGUAUAGUCUUUUUUUUUCCUUAGCAUUGUUUGUGAUUUAUCUGCGUUCAAUCACUCAGUAGUUUGUUCACUCUCCUUGCUGAAUUACAUCAAUCUACCCAUUCUAUGGUACGUGGACACUUGAGUUGUUGCCAGUUUGAGGCUAUUAUGAGUAAUGUCAAUGGGCAUGUCUAUUGGGUGAACUGCUGGGUCAGAUGAGAGGCAUAUGGUCAAUGUUUGUCAAUUAGACCAGUUUUCCAACUUGGGUGAAUCAGUCUACACUCUAACCAGCAGUGGAUGAGAGUUCCAGGGGCUCCAUGUUCUCACCAGCCUGUGCCCAUUUUGCAGAGAAGGCAACUGAGGCUCAGAGAGGGGCAUGUACUCCCUCCUGAUCACUGAGAGAUUCUGGUUUCUGCUCUGUCACCUCCUCUCCCCCUGCAUCCUGCCCUCACUGUGUCUUGCCAGCCUGCCUGUGGGGUGGGGUGGGACAGAUAGGGUCACGUGGACUAGCGUUCGGUAGGAGGAAGCCAGGCAGUGUGCAGAAGGUUUGCUGCUUCUGAGGCUGGUCAGGAAAUCAAGGAGAAUCCCCACCAUGGACCCACUACCAACACACCAGUCCUCUGAAACCCAGCCUGCAGCCCCAUCCCCACUAACCUCCUAUCGCUGGCACACAGGAGGAGGUGGGGAGAAGGGGGCUGGAGGGUUCCACUGGAGCCGCCUUGCGGGCUGGGGGAGAGCACUGAGCCACCAGGAACCCAUAGUCAACAGCCAACCAGCUCGUCGUUCGCUGUUCCGUCGUGUCCUCUCUGCGCCCACCAAGGAAUCACGCCCAAGUCGCCCCCGAAUAUCCAAGGGCCUUUGGGGGAGGCAUAAGAGCCCAGCACUGGAGCCAGAGCCAAGACCAGAAGCUUCAGAGCCUGAGCCAGAGCCGGAGCCCCCUAGCCCUCAGAUCCCUGAGGCCCCCACCCCCGAUGUGCCCAUCUGGAACAUUGGGGCCUUCACUCUGCUCGAUGGGAGGCUGGUGCUGCUUGGGGGUGAGGAAGAGGGUCCUCGCCGGUCCCGGGUGGGGAGUGCUAGCUCUGAGGGCAGCAUCCAGGUGGCCAUGGGGAACCUCAGGGAUCCAGACCGGACCUCUGGAAAGACUGAACCAGAGGCUGCUGGCCCCCACCAGGUCCACAACGUUCGGGGGCUGCUCAAGCGGCUGAAAGAAAAGAAAAAGGCCAGGUCAGAGCUAGGAGCCAAUGCCUCCCGGGAUGGAGCCCCCAGUGCUCUGGGCUCUCGGGAAUCUCUGGCAACACUCUCUGAGCUGGACCUGGGCGCUGAACGGGAUGUACGGGUCUGGCCGCUGCACCCCAGCCUCCUGGAGGAGCCCCACUGCUUCCAGGUAACAUGGGCAGGAGGAAGCCGCUGCUUUUCCUGUCGCUCGGCUGCUGAAAGAGACCGCUGGAUCGAGGACCUUCGUCGCCACUUCCAGCCCAGCCAGGACAACAUAGAACGAGAAGAGACAUGGCUCAGCGUGUGGGUGCACGAAGCAAAGGGGCUGCCACGAGUUGCGGCGGGGCAGCCUGGAGUGCGGGUUGAGCUGUGGCUGGACGGCGCCCUGCUGGCGCGCACGGCACCGAGGGCUGGUCCGGAUCCACUCUUCUGGGCAGAGCGCUUCCACUUCGAGGCGCUGCCGCCAGCGCAUCGUGUGUCGUUGCGGCUGCGCGGAGCGAGCCCAGGAAGCUCGGUUCUGGGACGCGCGACACUGGCACUAGAGGAGCUGGGAGCCUCCGGAGCGCCCGCCGCGGGCCUGGAGCGCUGGUUCCCGCUGCUUGGUGCGCCAGCCGGCGCGGUGCUGAGAGCGCGCAUCAGGGCUCGGCGCCUGCGCGUGCUGCCGUCCGAGCGCUACAAGGAGCUAGCAGAGUUCCUCACUUUCCACUACGCACGCCUCUGCGAGGCACUGGAGCCCGAGCUGUCUGCGCAGGCCAAGGAGGAAUUGGCGGCUGCCAUGGUGCGAGUGCUGAGGGCCACCGGGCGAGCACAGGCAUUGGUGACAGACCUGGGCACCGCGGAGUUGGCACGCAGCGGAGGCCGUGAGGCACUGCUGUUCCGGGAAAACACAUUGGCCACCAAGGCCAUCGAUGAGUACAUGAAGCUGGUGGCACAGGACUAUCUCCAAGAGACGCUGGGACAGGUCGUGCGGCGUCUCUGUGACUCCACUGAGGACUGUGAGGUGGACCCCAGCAAGUGCCCAGCCUCAGAGCUGCCCCAGCACCAAGCCAGACUGCAAAACAACUGUGAGGAGGUCUUCCAGAAUAUCAUCCACUCCUACGAUUGGUUCCCAGCAGAGCUGGGCAUCAUUUUCUCAGGUUGGAGAGAAGCAUGCAAAGCCCGUGGCUCCGAAGCGCUGGGCCCCCGGCUGGUGUGCGCCUCUCUCUUCCUGCGGUUCCUGUGUCCCGCCAUCCUGGCACCCAGCCUCUUUGGCCUCGCACCAGAGCACCCAGCACCUGGCCCAGCCCGCACCCUGACACUGAUUGCCAAGGUCAUCCAGAACCUCGCCAAUCAUGCCCCGUUUGGUGAAAAGGAGGCCUACAUGGGCUUUAUGAAUAGCUUCCUGGAGAAUCAUGGACCUGCCAUGAAACACUUCCUGGACCAAGUGGCCAUGGUUGAUGUGGAUGCAGCACCUAGUGGUUACCAGGGCAGCAGCGACCUGGCCCUCCAGCUGGCAGUCCUGCAUGCCCAGCUCUGUACCAUCUUUGCUGAACUUAACCAGGCAACCCGUGACAACCUGGAACCUCUGCCCACCAUCCUGCAAGCCAUAGAGGAAGGCCGGCCUGUACCUGUGUCUGUGCCAAUGCGUCUUCCACCACCCCCAGCCCAGGUCCACUCCAGCUUUUCAGCAGGGGAGAAGCCAGGCUUCCUGCCCCCUCGGGACCUCCCCAAGCACAGCCCUCUCAUCUCCAAGAGCCAGUCCCUUCGCAGCAUUCACAGCUCAGGAUGUUGGGCCCUGCAGCGGCCAGACCAGGAGCAGCCCCGACGGCUGCCCCAACCUGUGCAACGCACGCAGAGUGUACCGGCUGGCCGCCCAGCUCGCCGCCGCCCUUCCGCAGGCCCCCGGCCGCGACCCAAAGGCUCUUUACUCACAGGCCCCAUGCCCCGCGGCUGGCCCCGCACCGGGGCGUCGGCCUCUCUUCCUCGGAAGCCGUCAGUACCCUGGCAGCGCCACCUGGACCAGCCGCGAGACAGAGACCAGGCGCCAGGCACGCACCGUCCCAUGGGCAAGCUGGCCGAGCUGCAGUGCGAAGUGGCCGCCCUGCGUAAGGAACAGAAGGUGCUGUCCGGCCUAGUGGAGUCGCUGAGCACACACAUCCGGGACUUGACUGAACAGCAGCAGCAGCUUCGCGGCCAGCUGGAACACCUGGACUCCAGGCUCCGUGGAAGGACCUCGCAUUUGAAUCUAGAGUGCGACCCUCCAAGCAGUGAAGCUCACUGUCUGAAAAGUCUGGAACAUCGCCUGGUUGAGAUGGAGAGUUCUCAAGCCCAGCUGAGGGAAGCCAUCCAGAGCCUGCAGUUCCUUCCAUGGACGCCAGAGACCCGGAGCCAGCCCUUGCCCCUCAAAGCACCCUUCGUCAACGGAGACACCACCUGAGCUGCCCACGCCACACCACAGGGUCUGGGAGCAAAGAGUGAUCCGUAUUAGGGGCCCUACCUCAGCCCUACAUGGCCUACAGUGUGGAGUGGAGCUGUAGGUGGCAACCAGUCUGGCACUGUGAGGUUGCCCAGUAAAACCUUGAUCUCAGUGAAAUCAGUGGUUUCUUUGUCCCUAAGUGUUGCCAAUCAGAAAGCAACCCCUCUCCUAAAUUCUCUCCUAAUUGGAAGGAAUGAAAGGGGAGAUGUAAAGACAUUCUCACUAGCUGUGUGACUGCAGGCCUUCACUGUCUUAGAGCCUCAAUGUCCUCAUCUGUAAGUCAGAUCUAAAGGUCCUUACACAGUAAAAGAUCCGUUGCUUAAAGUAUUCAAAAAAAGGUAUUCAU